AUGGGUGCUGUGCACCUGCGGCGGGGCACGCCCGCACUCGCCGCCAAGUGCCUGGAGCGGGCGCUGCUGCUGCGAGGGGCGGGCGAGGGCUCGGGCGGCGAGGCCGACCGGACGCUCGCCGCCACGCUGAGCUCCCUGGGGAGCGCGAGGCAGGCGCUGGGCGCUCACUCCGAGGCGCUGCGCUGCCGCCUCGCGGCCGUGGGCGCGCUCGAGAGGGCAGGCGGCGAGGACGCGGCGCUGGCCGGAGCGUUGCACGCCCUCGGCGGGGCGCACCGGGCGGUGGGCCAGGCGGAGGAGGCCCUGCGGUGCUACGAGAGGGCCCUGCAGCUCCGUGAACGGGUGACCCGAGCUCGCCUCAGCUCGCCGCCACGCUGA